AUGCAUCCCCAGACCAUCUUCAGCGCCUUCCUGGCCCUUGCUGUCACCGGAAUGACGGCCCCUUCUGAGGCCCUCAACAACCUCCAAGCCCGCGCCACAGUCAAUCACGAUUCUCUCAACCCUGUUGGCAAGACAAUUCAGGGAGGUGCCAUUGGCGCUGCUAUCGAUAGGUGGCAGCCUCUGCUUCACAUCGCCCACGGUUGUCAGCCAUACACUGCUGUUGCCACCAACGGCGACGUCAGACCGAUCAAAGCUAACAUGACAAAUAGUGGUGGACUUCAAGACAGCGGUACCACAUCUGGUGGCUGUAGGGACACCGGAAAGGGCCAGACCUAUGCCCGUGCUGCUUUGCACAACGGCAAGCUUGCCAUCAUGUACGCUUGGUACUGGCCCAAGGACCAGCCUGCUGAUGGCAACCUUGUCAGUGGUCAUCGCCACGACUGGGAGAAUGUUGUUGUCUUCAUCGAUAACUACCAGUCUCCUGGAGCUACCCUCUACGCUGCUGCCGCCUCUGGUCACGGGAGCUAUAAGAAGACCAAGAAUCCCCAGCGAAACGGCAACAAUGUCAUGGCUGAGUACUUCACCAGUGGUGGCAAGAACCACGAGCUGCAGUUCAAGACCAGCCCUGGCCGUACCUACUGGAUUUACGACUGGGCGGCUAUGACUCCUGCUGCCCGCACUGGUCUGGUCAACGGACCAAAUGGAAAGCCCAACGAUGGUUGGGGCAGUGCUAAUGUUCCUUUUAUCGACGCCAACUUUGGCAGAAACAUUGGCAACGCCUGGUCUUAA